UACACUUAUCACUCAUCCAUCAGUCAUAGCGGCCACGUGCUGCACGACACGGGAGAUCACUGGCUUGUACUGAGUACGCGCUCAAAAACACAGGUAACUAUCAGAUGCGCAACUGGUACUGUGCACGCUACUCCCUGCAGACCAUCUACACUUAUCACUCAUCCAUCAGUCAUAGCAGCCACGUGCUGCACGACACGGGAGAUCACUGGCUUGUACUGAGUACGCGCUCAAAAACACAGGUAUGGAAUAUUCAAGAUGUUCCGUACAUGGAGGCAGCUGUUGUUAAUUACGGCGAAUCUUUCGUGGCAGGCGUGGGACCUCUGAUGUUGCGGGCCAGUCACAACCUUCUUGAAGUGUUCAAACCAGAUAAUCUGCUGGCUCCCCAAAACAACCCCAAGUUUGACAUCAACCUGACCUUCGCCUGCUUCAUCGACACCAAAGAGAAGUUUCCCGAGACAGUUGAGACCACCAGUGACGUGACUAAAGUGAUCGCCAAAUCACACGAUUACGAUUUCAAAAACCCGUUUGAUUAUUUUACGAUCGGAGAUAUUUUCGUGGGAUACCAGCCUGCCCCUAGUAGGCUUUGGUCGAGGCCGAAGAUUUACUUUUGGGAUCUCACUAAAGGAUUAAAAGUUCACGAAGAAGCAGUGCCAAGGAUUUGCUCCUCGUGCAUUGUCAAGAAAGGCGACACUACCAAACCAAUGAUUCUUAUUUACGCUUUUAAGUCGUCAACCUUUAAAAACAGAAACAUUCGACUGUCCCACAUUUACUUGUACAACAUCAAAACAAUGAGGUACACAGGAUUUCACGCUGACAUCCCUUCUAAGGUGUUGUGGUGGGGGAUGGCAAGAGAUAUUCUAGUCACCAGACAAGAGAGGGCUUUUCAUUUUUUUGAUGUUGUUGCGGGGACUUUUCUUUCGGUUAAGGACAUGGACUUAAAAAUGAGCGUUGGCGAAAGUGAUCUGGAACACUCGCAGUUCCUCUUAAGGACACGUCUCUACUACGCCUACAAAUACCACCUGCAGGUCAUGGACAUAGAGACACAAGAAACUGUUUUUACAUUUGAUUUGAACUAUAUUAUCUAUUCUUUGCACAACAUCCGAGGAAAGUUCAUGAUAAUCUCCAGUAAGUCGUGCAGUGAAGUGUGGGAUAUCGAGGACAAUGAAAUGGUGUUCAGACUCCCCUAUUUGUUUAUAACUGAUUUUAGAAUCGAUUCUAAGGCCGCGCCAAUGAGAUUGUUGGCCCAAUCUCAAAAUGAGGUCAGUAUAAUCAAUUUUUGGUAAGUUGUACACCAAAAUCAUAUUUUUGAAUUCGUUUCAAAAAUUAAUUGUUUAUUUUCUGCUAAGUAGUUCAACAAAUGAUAGAAUAUGUGGCUUCUACAUUAUUAACAACUAUGAUUUCUGAGGUUUCCAUUACCUGGUCUAAAUUUACUUUUAGGCAAUCUCCCAAACUUUUAUCAAUUCUAUAUCUUAUACAUUCAGCUGGUUUUUAGUUAACCAUAUACCAUUUAAUGGUCUCAUAAAUCACUGACAAAAAUAUAUUUCAUAACGAUAAAAAAAUUAAUAAACAUACAGAUUUCAUUAUGUUGAUUAAGUUAUAAUUUGAAGCGUUGCAUUUAUUUUUUAGUAUAUAUUGGAAUUAUUAUAAAUGUUUUUAGCCAAUAAAACAUGCCAACUAAAUAAUCAAA